AUGGCUCCCUCGGUGAGACUGGUGUUCCUGCUGCUGCUGCUGCUGGUGUGUUGGGACGUGACCAAAGCCAAAGACGGGAAAUCUGCCAAGAAAGGGAAAAAGGGCAAACAAGUUGUCUGUCCAUCACAACUGUCCCCGGAGGACAUGGCCCAGGUUCCUGCUAACUCUACAUCCAACAUCCUCAACCGUCUGAUGGUCAGUUAUGACCCCAGGAUAAGGCCCAACUUUAAAGGGAUCCCAGUAGAGUCCAAGGUGAACAUCUUCAUCAACAGCUUUGGAUCCAUCCAGGAAACCACCAUGGACUACAGAGUGAAUAUAUUCCUCCGUCAGAGGUGGAAUGACCCUCGGCUGCGUCUGCCCACCGACUUCAAGAGCGAGGCAUUGACGGUCGACCCCAAGAUGUUCCAGUGUCUAUGGAAACCAGACCUGUUCUUCGCCAACGAGAAGCACGCCAACUUCCACGACGUGACGCAGGACAACAUCCUGCUGUUCAUAUUCCGAAACGGAGACGUCCUGAUUAGCAUGAGACUGUCGGUGACGUUGUCGUGCCCUCUGGAUCUCACAUUGUUUCCCAUGGACACACAGCUCUGCAAGAUGCAACUGGAGAGCUUUGGUUAUACCACCAGUGAUCUUGUCUUUAUGUGGCAGUCUGACCCAGUUCAGAUGGAUGAGAUUGCUUUGCCGCAGUUUGACAUCAAACAAGAAGAUAUCAAAUAUGGAAACUGCACCAAGUACUACCAAGGAACAGGGUACUACACCUGCGUCGAGGUGAUUUUCACGCUGCGACGGCAGGUUGGGUUCUACAUGAUGGGCGUUUACGCUCCCACCCUGUUGAUUGUCGUUCUGUCCUGGUUAUCAUUCUGGAUUAACCCCGAUGCCUCCGCCGCCAGGGUACCUCUAGGUAUUUUAUCGGUGCUCUCGUUGUCCAGUGAGAGCAUGUCCCUGGCCUCCGAGCUGCCGAAGGUUUCCUACGUAAAGGCCAUCGAUAUCUGGCUUAUCGCCUGCCUGCUGUUCGGGUUUUCAUCCCUGGUGGAGUAUGCUGUGGUGCAGGUGAUGUUAAACAGUCCAAAACUCAUUGAGGAGGAGAAAGCCAAAAUGGCCACCAAGGAGAAAGCUCUGAAAGAGAAAGAAGGACGGAAGACACCAAAUAAAACCGACAACACAGUAAAUGGGACCGGUGGGACACCUAUACACAUCAGCACACUGCAGGUGGUAGAAACUCGUAAGAAGGUUUGCACCUCCAAGUCAGACCUUCGCUCCAACGAUUUCAGCAUCGUAGGAUCUUUACCUCGGGACUUUGAACUCUCCAACUUCGACUGUUAUGGCAAACCCGUGGAGGUGACGGGAGUCCUUGGGAAAUCACAAAGCAAAGCAAACAAGAAACCUCCGCCGCCCAAGCCUGUGAUACCUGCUGCAGCCAAACGCAUCGACCUCUAUGCACGUGCUCUGUUCCCCUUCUCCUUUCUUUUCUUUAAUGUGGUCUACUGGUCUGUCUACUUGUGA